AUGUCACAUAGAUCUGAAUCUCCCUCUGAUGAGGGGCAAGGGGAUGAUAUUCGUCCUCAUGGUGACAUUCACGAUUCAUCCGAAGAAUCAGAGGACGACCUCGCCGAGCUCGCAGCCGUCAAACAUGGGUUCAUCGUAGACGACGAAGAGGCUGAAGUUGCAUCUGAGGACGAUGAAGAAGCUCGAGCUGCGCGUAAAGCAGAACGUAGGAAACGGAAGCGACGCGAAAGACAACGGCGGCAACGGGAUGAAGUUCGACUGUCAGAUGAUGAACUUGAUCUCAUCAAUGAGAAUAUGGGUCUUGCAGGACCGUCUCGUCCUGUCAAGAGAGCUCGCGGGAGGAGUGGAUCGGUAGCUAGUAAUGAUCGUUUUGUUUCCCUGCAGGAUAUGUUCCGGGAGGACGAGAGGGGGGAUGAUGAUGAUGAUGAUAUGGGAGAUUUCAUCGAGGAGGAUUAUGAUGAUGAGGCAGUUCAGGGAGAAACAGAGGAAGAGCGGAGGGAGAGAAGGAGAGAGGAAAAGAGAAAGAGAAAAGAGGCGGCUAAGAUACGGCCAGAGAUGCUUGGAGUAGACAGCGUAUCUUGGGAUGAAGAAUACGCGGUUUUUGGAGAUGGUCAUGAUUACGACUGGGCCCUUGAGGGAGACGAGGCCAUGGAUGAGGAUGAGUACGAGGAGACUAAGAAGGAUCUCCGGUUGGAGGACGUAUUCGACCCAGCCGAGAUCAAAGAACGUCUGUUACUUGAUGAAGACAAAGCCAUCGCUCAAAACGAUAAACCUGAACGUCAUCAACUACUCAACUCCACACUAUCCGAUAACCCCGUCCUGGCUCCAGAGAGUCUCUACCCACCCCCAGGUCUCGCCGCUGGUUGGGCGUACAAUAAGAUCUCUUAUCGCACUCAAUAUUUAUUCUGCGGGAUGCACGAAGAAGGCGCUUAUCCCUUACCCUCCAUCGAAGACCCGACACCAUAUCCCAGACCUCGACGUUCGGAGCUGGCAGCUGAAUUUACCGCUGCGGUGUCAAAAGCCCUCGACAUGAUGUUCGUACAGAAUUAUGAGGUACCCUAUCUGUGGCAUUACAAGAGAGACGUUUUGGGCAAAUUGGAAGAUCAAGGACGGUCCUUCACUCAAUUCCUGGAGCGUGAUGAACUGUGGCAAUUGCACACUCUCGGCAUUCGAUUUCGAGCUAUUUAUGAGCGCACAGAACAGGCUAAAGCCGCAUGGGAGAAGAUCAAAGUACGGAGACCGGAUGUUGAAGAUUCUUAUCUCACUAAGACUCUCUUGCCCAGUGUCUGUAUGCUCAGUAUCGAAAGUGCGGCGGAAGCAAUGGAGUGGUUGGCUUAUCAUUAUUCCCAAGAUUUACGAGCUAUCAAAGAGGAGGAGAGUAUCGAAGAAGGUGGGAAGAGGCCACCUGAAAGGUCAGGAUUUGAUGACCUGAGACACGGUCCAGUCAUGCAGCUAGUCAAAGCAUUCGGUGUUUCGGUCAAUCAAGUGGCAACAACUUUCAACGAGGCGGAAGGUUCACCUGUACCACCAACAAAUCCGGACAAGAUGCCACUCGAUUUAGCUGCCGAGUAUGCAGGAGAAGGGACACCCUUUCUCACAGGAGAAUCGGCUCUCAAAGCUGCCAGUCAGAUUUUGACCACUGAAUUCUCGAAAGAUCCUUCCAUCAGACAGCAAGCACGGGAGUUUAUGGAGUACUUUGGCGUAGUCACUGUGAAUCCUACAGAGCGAGGAAUCAGUGUCAUUGAUCAAUAUCAUCUCUACUAUACGUUCAAAUUCUUGACACGCAAACCUAUUGCCAUGUUUAAAGACUCGCCCCAAUUCCUCCACAUGCUCAAGGCAGAAGAAGAGGGUCUGAUCAAUAUUGUCAUUGAAAUUCCCGAGGCCGAUAUUCAAACCUUCGCCGAUCCGCUUGUGCGGUGUUGUCGAUCGAUGGAGUACGGAGAGGUGGCCACCGCUUGGAACGAAAUGAGGGAAGAAAUAUGUCAAGACGUCGUGAGUAAACUGAUUAUGCCCGCCGCAGCGCGGUGGGUGAAAGAGCAUAUGCGUCUGGCGGCGGAAGAAUAUGUGGCAGAGCGAUGUCGAAUGGAGCUUGAAUUUAGAGUCAAUGUUCGACCGUUCGCCACCCCCGACAUGGAGCAAGGCGAAACUCCCACCGUUUUAGCCAUCAGUAACGGUCGAGGAGACAUCAAAGACGCUGUCAUCGCCGUCAUGUUAGACGAUGGAGGCAACAUUCGGUCCCAGAGCAAAUUCGACAAUCUCAAAGACGAAGCGGAAAAGAGUUCAUUCAUCGACAUGGUCGAACGUCGAAAACCUUCCGUGGUGGUCAUCGGAGGGCUUUCUGCUCAGACUGGUCGAGUACGGGACGAUGCUAUGGUGGCAUUGAGAGAGUUGGCGGCCAAGACGGCCGAAGCACGUGCCCCACUUGCGGAAGCCUAUUCGUCUCACGAAGAAUACGCCGUUGCGGCUGCAGAAUACGAAGCUAGGAUCGCUCCACACCUCACGCCUUUGGUAUUCGUCAAUGACGCCACAGCGAGGUUGUAUAUGAGGAGCGAAGAGGCUGAGAAGGAAUAUCCUACGAUGCCCGUCAAUGGAAGAUAUGCGUUGGCGUUGGCACGAUAUGCUCAGAACCCGCUGAACGCACAUUGCAAGUUGGGCAAACGGAUCACUUCGAUCACAUUCCAGGAACAUCAUCAGAAACUGAUCCCUGAAGAGAAGCUUCUCAUCCACCUGGAGAGAGGAUUGGUCAACUCGGUCUGCUUCAUGGGUAUUGAAGUCAAUUCAUGCGUCGCCGACCCAUAUCAACGAUCCAUGUUACCUUUCAUCGCAGGUCUAGGUCCUCGAAAAGCCGACGCUUUGAUCAAUGGUAUACAACGACACGGAGCGUUAGUCAAUCGAGAUGCGUUCGCGGCAUUGGGACUUUUAGGACCUACGAAUCUUGUCAACGCCCCUGGAUUCCUAUCCAUCGAAACGGAUCUGAAAGAUAUUGUACUGGACGAAAAGAACGCAACGGAUGCUGCCGAACCCCUCGAUAUGACUCGUAUACAUCCAGACGAUUAUGACUUUGCUCGAAAAAUGUGUCAAGACGCUCUUGAUCUCGAUGCCGAAGAUGUGGAAGACGAACAUAAAUCCGCCGUCGUUCUCAAACUCAUGUUAGAUGAAGAUCGUGCUGCCAAAAUGGCCGAAUUGAAUUUGGACGAUUUUGCUUGGAAUCUUCAACGACAAGGCGAAGGUGUUGGACGUCAUACAUUAGGAAUGAUCGUCGCCGAAUUGAUUUCUUAUCGAGCGGAUAGAAGACCUCCCUUUUACAUUCCUACAGAAUGGGAAGUUAUUCAAAUGCUCACUGGUGAAACAGAAAGAACCAUCGGAAGAGGAUUAUUAGUUACCGCCACUGUCAGAAAAGCAUUAACUUCUCGUGUAUUUUGUGCUUUGGAAUGUGGUAUGGACGCAAUAUUAGAAAGAGAUUACGUGGCGGAUGAAGAUCAACCUAUAUCUUCAUGUGAAGAUCUUUUUACUUCAAGACAAGCUAUCAGAGCAGUCGUAAUUUCAACAGAACCAUCAAGAUUACAAGUCCGUAUUUCAACUCGUCCUUCAGAUGUUCGACAAGCAGUUCCAUUCUUACAACCUUUCAGGGAUGAUCCGUAUAACGAUUUAGCUAGGAAACACGCUGCGGAAGAAGCUGCUCAACAUAAAAAACGAAGAGAAGCAGGAAGUGUUAAAAGAGUCGUCAAUCAUCCGAAUUGGCAUGUAAUGAAUUCAGGUCAAGCAGAACAAUUUUUAGCUUCACAACAAAGAGGUGAUGUUGUUAUCAGACCAAGUAGUAAAGGUUCAGAUCAUUUAGCUGUGACUUGGAAAGUUGAUGAAGACGUAUAUCAACAUAUAGACGUUCAAGAAAUCGAUAAACCUAAUGAAUAUAGUUUAGGUAGGAUAUUAAGAGUUGCUGGGAAAUACAGUUAUAGUGAUUUGGACGAAUUGAUCAUCAAUCAUGUUAAAGCGAUAGCUAGGAAGAUUGAUGAGAUGCAAAUGCACGAAAAGUAUCGACCGGAGGAUGAGUUAGAGGCGUAUUUGAAAAAUUACGUUCAAGCUCAUCCAGGUCGAAGUAUGUACGGUUUUUCAUUAGAUUCUGAUCGUCCGGGAUAUCUCAAAUUAUGUUUCUUGAACAAGUCUACGAAAGAUGGUGGAGUGAUACAAACUUGGCCGGUCAAAGUUCUUCCAGGAGCAUAUCAACUCAACAACGCUGAAGUACCCGGUGUUACCGAAUUAUGUAAUGCUUUCAAAGCUCAGUACUCUUCCCGUCUCUCGGAACAAGGACAAGGAGGGAAAACACCAGGUAUUCGAUCUGCUCGUACCCCUAUGAUAGGUGGACGAACUCCAGGUGGAAGGACACCCGCUUUGGGUAUGACAGGUGGAAGAACACCAGCUUUAGGUGGAGGGAUGAGAGAUUCAAUGCCUCCAGCCGGUUAUCCAGGCUAUCCUAAUGUUCCAAAUUACCCAACAUAUCCACCUCAACCAUCUCAUUUCCAACCACCUCCACCAAAUUACAACCAACCCCCUCCUCCGAUGACUCAGAUGGGUCCACCAGGUAUGAACCCCGAACGAGCAGCUAUGUUAGCUCGGCAAGGGAGAUAUUGAUAUUGCUCAUGAAACUUGAUUCACGCAUCUUAUAUACCAUCUCUCUCCCCUUCAUGUUAACAUCUCACUGUAAUCCUCAAACUUCCUUGACAGUAAAUAUUUCCGUUUGGCAGGUGAAGAAAUAUCAAUGUCGGCGGGGAAGUUUAUAGACACUCGGGGAGUGAUUGAUGUGAAGUGAGGUUUUGUAGAAUGCUUAGUUAGUGAUGAGGAAAGUAUGAAUGAAGCUUUUGAAAUUUG